AUGGCGACUAUCGAUCCGCUGAGCGAUGCCGACUUUGAUGGAUAUGUGAUACCUACGCAUGCCCUCUUUUUAUCCAUGGCUCUUCAUCAUCUGCAGCCCUGGACAGAGAUUUUCACGGUGACUGCUCGCAUCGUUUUAUACUUUGUCAUGCCUUUGGCAUGGGUAACGACUCAGUCAAGAAGAACCGCUACGUGGUUGCCGUACUUUAUGCUCAUGCUGCCCUGGCUGAUUAAAUGCACGACAGAAAGCAUUCCCUCCAUAGAUAUCUAUUGUAACCUAUCCGCUAUGAUGUCCAUCCUACCCACUUACUUAUUUGUCUUGCAACGCAUCUUUUGCAGAACCAGGUUCUCAACCUGCCGGGAGAAAAUCUGCAGUUGUUUGCUGGUAGUGUGUGGGAUUCUUUUAGCGUCUCUUUAUGCUAUGGAGAAACAACAGGUGCAUGCCAUCCAGCAAUCUGCUCCGUUUGUGGGCGUGUGGAAGGCUUUUGGCUUAGAUGUGGCCAAAAGAGUGGUACGCGAUGGAACGUAUACAUGCACUCAAAAAGCCAUCUACAUAUUCUUUGCGGUGAUUGUCUUCCCCCUUACAAGCCAUCUGUACCUAAUUCUUACUCUGUUACUACUAAGGAUGAUAUUCACAUGA